GAAGAAGCUGAUAAGCAGAAAGUCAUCAGGUUGCAAUCAGCAGAAAACAUGAAUGACAGUUGGGUUUAUUCUUCAGAAAAUGGAAAUCACAGUGCAAUUCAUGUAUCAGAAAACCUGAAUUCCAGUUCAGUGUACACAUUAGAAAAGGAGACUCAAACUGAGGAGCCCGCAGCUGAAACCGUGAUGAACAGUGUAGUGCAAGAAGCAGAAAAACUGAAUCACAAUGCUGCAGCCCUAGUUCUACAAAAACAGGAUGGAAAAACUGAAGAGCAACCUGUUCCUGUUGAGGAGAAUCAGGAAGAUGAUGGACUGAAACAUAUAAAUCCGGAGAUAAAAGUUGAACCAAAUAGUCCAACAGAAGGUUCAAGAGGACUUCAGGUGAUCCUGGAUCAUACAAGUUUGGUCACUGAAGAAGCUGAUAAGAAGAAAGUCAUCAGGUUGCAAUCAGCAGAAAACCUGAAUGACAGUUGGGUGCAUGCAUCAGAAGACCAGAUUCAAAGUGUGGUUCAUGCUUCAGAAAAUGGAAAUCACAGUGCAAUUCAUGUGUCAGAAAACCUGAAUCCCAGUUCAGCAUACAAAUCAGAAAAUGAGAAUCAAACUGAGGUGCCCGCAGCUGAAACCAUGAUAAACAGUGUGUUGCAAGAAGCAGAAAACCCGAAUCACAUUGCUGCAGCCCUAGUUGUACAAAAACAUGAUGGAGAAACUGAAGAACAACCUGUUCCUGUUGAGGAGAAUCUAGAAGACGAUGGACUGAAUAUUGAAAACCUGAUGAUAAAAGUUGAACUGGAACAUCCAACAGAAGAUUCAGAACAGCUUCAGGUGAUCCUGGAUCGUACAAGUUUGGUCACUGAAGAAGCUGAUAAGAAGAAAGUCAUCAGGUUGCAAUCAGCAGAAAACCUGAAUGACAGUUGGGUGCAUGCAUCAGACCAGAUUCAAAGUGUGGUUCAUGCUUCAGAAAAUGGAAAUCACAGUGCAAUUCAUGUAUCAGAAAGCCUGAAUCCCAGUUCGGCAUACACAUCAGAAAAUGAGAUUCAGACUGAGGUGCCCACAGCUGAAACCAUGAUAAACAGUGUGUUGCAAGAAGCAGAAAACCCGAAUCACAUUGCUGCAGCCCUAGAUCUACAAAAACAGGAUGGAGAAACUGAAGAACAACCUGUUCCUGUUGAGGAGAAUCUAGAAGACGAUGGACUGGAUAUUGAAAACCUGAUGAUAAAAGUUGAACUGGAACAUCCAACAGAAGAUUCAGAACAGCUUCAGGUGAUCCUGGAUUGUACAAGUUUGGCAGGUAUAAGUAUUCUCGAAGACGUGGAGAAAUAGAACCAUCUCACACAGCUGGAGUGAAAGCAAUAUUGAAUAUUACAUUUCAAAUAUGUUGUGAAUUUCUUAACAAUUAAAAUAAAUUAAAUCCAAGAGCCCAACAAUUCCACUUCUCAGUACAUUUCAAGAAGAAAUAAAAAUAUAUAUCACACA